GAGGGUCUCAGGAGGACUCAGGGCGGUCCCAGCAGGGCUCCCAAAGGACAUUCCGGUCAGUUCCCAGGAAUUCCCCCGUCCCCUCCCCUCCCCCGCGCUGCCUCGGGCACUGUCGCGUCUCCCAACCUGCGGCGCCGGGAUCUGCCCGGUGACCGGUGACGUCAGGGCCCAGUCGGGUUGCCAUUGGUGCAGAAGAAGUAGCGGCGCCGGACGCUGCUGUGUGGGCGGGGCCAGCGGAGCAGCGCGAUGGCUCCAGCGCUGGGGCUGGGGGCGCUCCUGGCGCUCCUGGGGGUCUCGGGGGGGCAGCCCGAGGUUCUCCACUCCCUGCGUUACCUGGAGGUGGCGGUGACGGAGCCCAGCCCGGGGGUCCCUCAGUACCUGUCCAUGGGAUACGUGGACGGGAUCCCCUUCGCACGCUACGACAGCGAGCGGGGCCGGACGGAGCCGCUGACGCCGUGGAUGGCGGCCGGAGCCGAGCCGGGAUAUUGGGAUUCUGUGAACCAGAUCCACAAGGGGAACCAGCUCAUGGGUGCCACCAACCUGGAGAUAGCACGGGGCCGGUACAACUGGAGUGGGGGUCUCCACACGGUGCAGCGGCUUUAUGGCUGUGACCUCCUGUCCGACGGGAGUGUCCGUGGAUCCAGUCGGGAUGGCGUCGAUGGGCGGGAUUUCAUCUCCUUCGAGCUGGGAUCCGGGAGCUUCGUGGCGGCCGAUGGAGCUGCCCAGAUCACCAAGAGGAAAUGGGAAUCUGAUGGGAUCGAGGUGGAGAGACUGACACAUUACCUGGGGAACAUCUGUCCGGAAGAACUCCGGGAAUCCAUUGGAUACGGGCGGGAGGUGCUGGAGCGCAAAGAUCCCCCCGAUGUCCAUGUGUCCGGGAAAGAGGAACACGGGAUCCUGACGUUGUCCUGCCACGCGUACGGAUUCUACCCCGGGAUGAUCGGGAUCAACUGGCUGAAGGGGGAUGAACUGCGAGAUCAGGAGACGGAGUGGGGCGGGAUCGUUCCCAACAGCGACGGCACCUUCCACAGCUGGGCCAGGAUCGAGGCGCUGCCGGGGGAGCGGGAGCAGUACCGGUGCCGGGUGGAGCACGCCGGAAUGCCAGAGCCCGGGAUCUUCGCCUGGGAGCCGGAAUCCGUCUGGAAUUCCACCCCAGUGCUGGUCGCUGUGUCCGUCAUCGUUGCCGUCAUCAUCAUCAUCAUUGGCCUUGGUGUCUGGAAGCUCCGAUCCGGGAAGAGGGAGGGGAAUGGAUACGACCCCGCGCCCACCAGAAUCACAGCCUGAGCGAUCCUGGAGCUGGAUCCGCCCC